AUGAACACGAGCAUGGAUACAACAACACUGGUCUGUUUAACCGGUAGAUCUCCAACAGUAAGAAGUGGUGAUAUCGCCAUUAUUCUGACGGAUAAUAAGACACUCACUGACGUUGCUAAGGGGGUUGAGUUAACAUAUUCUUACAUGGAAGACCCAGUCAUUACAGACAUUGAAAAUAACGAAACACCUGUGAGUGGUGGGGUAACUGUUGGGAUAAUUGGUAGGUUCCUUACAUCGGUGAGUGGACCUGAACUGACCGUCACGUGCAAUAUAGAGACCAUCAUUAUCACAGUUAAAAAGGAGUGUAAGGAGGUCUUCAUGGAAAAAAUGCUUUGUGAAGUGCCCGACCUAAAUCAGAUUAUAAAUGUCACCAAAACCAUUCCGGAGUUAGUGGGACUUAAUUUUACGGAACUUUCAAAUACCUUGGACUUCGAAACAGGUGUUAAACUGGAUGGUGUUAAAGACUUUGAGAGCCUUCCUGAUGCUCUGCCAAACAACACAAAUACUAAACUACGUCUUUUUCCUGAUCCCGAUUUUGAAAGAUUGCCAGAUAUUUUCUAUGCGAAUACUUGGUUACAGAUACUCACUCUUACAAUCCCUGUAAAAACUUCUUCCCCAGCAGUCGACAGUUAA